AGGACGCGCAGUUCUGGAAACGAAACCCAUUGUGGAAAAAAUAUUCAGACGGACAGAAACCAAAACAAGGAAUGGCCUCUGCUAACACUUCCUGGCUUGAAGAGAACUUUUCAUGUUCCAUCUGUCUGGAUGUGUUCAACGAUCCAGUUACCACCGCAUGUGGACACAACUUCUGCAGAACCUGUAUUACAAAGUUCUGGGAUAAACAAGUCCAGUACAAAUGUCCUGUUUGCAACAAGCUUUUCAAACCAAGACCUGAUCUACAGGUCAAUAUCCUCUUAUCAGAGCUGGCUGCUCAGUCUAGAUUCAGAACGUCUGUCCGAGUAAAAGAGCAUUCUUAUGUUGAACCAGGAGAAGUUCCCUGUGACGCCUGUACUGGGACCCAGCGGAAGGCCGUGAAGUCCUGCCUAAUGUGUUUUUCCUCUUACUGCCAAACCCACCUGGAGCCACAUCAGAGAGUCGCUGGCCUGAAGAAACAUCGGCUGGUCGAGCCUAUGGACCGUCUGGAAGACAGGAUGUGUAAGAAACACGACCGACUUCUUGAGCUCUUCUGCCAGACCGAACAAGUGUGUGUGUGUCUGUUCUGCAUAGAGGCAGACCACAAGUCCCAUCCUGUUGUACCUCUAAAGGAGGAAUAUGAAGUGAAGACGGCCCAGCUGGGGAAUGGGGCUGAAGUUCCGCAGAUGAUCCAGGAGAGAAAACAAAAGAUUAAGAAGAUCGAAGACACAGUAGAAAUGAGCAAGAAAGACGCAGACAGAGAGAUAGCCGAUGGUGGGCAGGUCUUCACUGCUCUGAAAGGCUGUGUUGAAAAGUGCCGGGAUGAAUUCAACCAAACGGUGAAAGAGAAACUGAAAUCCACAGUGAAACAAGCUGAAGACCUCAUCAAAGAGCUGGAGCAGGAAAUAGAAGAUCUAACCAAAAGAAGCUCAGUGGUGAAGCGGCUCUCACACACUGAAGACCACCUCCACUUCCUCCAGGCCUUCAGCUCCCUGAAGGAUCCUCCACCCACCAGGGACUGGACGACGGUGGAGGUCCAUCCUCCGUCAUACGCAGGGACCUUGAGGAGAUCCCUGGAUCAGCUGGAGGAGACACUGAACAUGGAGAUGAAGAAGCUGCGUGAUGAUGCUGAACUGAAGAGGUUCCAGCAGUAUGAAGUAGAUGUGACUCUGGAUCCUGAUACUGCUCAUACCAGGCUCAUCCUGUCUGAUGGGAAACAAGUACAUGAUGGAGGUGUGGGGAAGGUACUCCCAGACAACCCUAAGAGAUUUACAAGGAAUAUAUUUGUACUUUCUAGGCAGAGCUUCUCGUCAGGUAGAUUUUACUUUGAGGUCCAGGUUAAAGACAAGACUGGAUGGUGGUUAGGAGUGGCCAGAGAGUCCGUAGACAGAAAAGGUCCGACCAAGUGGACCCCCGAGACUGGUUACUGGAUUCUGGACUACUACAAGAAUGGGUUAGUAUUUAGAGAUAACCCUUCUGUCAGUCUCCCUCUGAGAGCUGAGCUCCAGAAGGUGGGGGUGUUUGUUGAUUAUGAUGAGGGUCUGGUCUCCUUCUAUGAUGUGGAAGCCAGGAUUCAUAUCUACUCUGCUACUGGCUGCACCUUCAGUGAGCCCCUCUAUCCAUUCCUCUGUUCAAUGUACCAUGGUUAUGGGGGUAACAACUCUGCGCCCCUGAUCAUCUCACCUGUCAAACAGACUAGGACCUUUGUUUGAUAAUGCAACAUACAAACCACCAAACAACUAAUGUUUCCUGAAUUAGAAUCUCUAUGUGAGAUCUGAAAGAACUGCAUUUAUGUCUACUGCUGUCAUUUAACGAGGAUAAAUUGUUCAAGAAUCUAACCCCAGUUGUUGAAUACAACCCUUUAUGAAGGGUUAGAUUACACUUGUCUGUUUUCUCCUUAUUUUUUUUAUAUGUUCAACACUAUUAUUAACCGUUUGUUAUGUAGAACAUUUUUUACAGGAUUCAUUUGUAUAAAUAAUAAUUGUAUUAACAUUUCUAUUGGUUUUAACUUCUGAAUAGUGAAUGAAAAAACAAUACAAUUGUCUUACUUUUCAAAUUCUAA